AUGGUGGAUCACGUAUCCAAAGGUGAAUCCUCUCAGCAGUUAGAAGAUUCCUCAAGCCAACUCCUAGCGGCACCGACAGAGUCCAGUCGGGGGCGCAGUGCUUCUCUUGCUUCCACCACUUCCCAAUCCUCCUACCGUAGUCAGAAGGAUGCCCUACGCCACCGCAUCCUACACUUAUCUGAGUUGUUGCGAGUGGAGAGGAACAACCGAGAUGAUAAUACCUCUUGUUACGUGGAGCUGGUGAGCAAGGCUGACCGGGAGAAGGCCCCUUCUAUCCGUCAGGCCUUUGAACGCAUCAACCAGCGCUCUUCAGCUAAUAUUGCCCAUCUGGAACGGCGCCUACAAGAUUGUUGUGCCCAGCUAAAGAAACUCGAGCAGAGGGUUCUGACUCCUCAGGAGAGUAGCACUAGUACUGUCUCUAUACAGCACCAGCCACAACCACACAUCUUUACCUCGAGGUCCAGUUUCCCCCGACUGCCACCCUUUCAUCUACCCAGGAUCCGUAAUACAGAAGCAGGAGCAGCGGAAGAAGUCAACCUCCCUCCCCUCUCUGAAAGCAAAGAAACUUGCCCUGUUCCAGAGCCUGUCCCAAAACAAGCCCUCGAGGAAGAAAGCAAGCAGAGGCUUCAGGAAUUGAAGAGCCAGUUAUUAGAGCUCAGGGAAGACAGUAAAGCCCUGGAGGAUGAAUGGCACAGGUUGGAUGAGGCAUGGAGGGCAGACAAACUACAAUUGAUGGAUCUCCUGCAGGAGGAGAAGAAAAGGCGCUAUAAUCUGGAGGUACAAGUGAACGAUGUGAUCCAGAUCAAUCUCAAUGAGAUCACCAACCUCAAACAUGACUUGGCUUGUACUGAAGAGAAGAUGGUGUACCAGUCUUAUGAGAGGUCUCGGGACAUCUGGGAGGUGCUGGAGUCCUACCAGACUCGGCUGGCCAAACUGGAAAUGCAGCAACUGACCCAGCAACAAGAGGCAAUGGAACUGCCCCAGGCCAGUGUAUAUAAACUUUACGGGCAACUUAUGAACCUCCUGCUAACCAUUGCUGCCAUUUUCCUGGUGUGUGCUUCCACCAUUUCAACCUUUGCCCUUCCGCUCUUGCGCACUCGCUGGCGUGCCAUUACCACUCUUCUUGUGGUUAUCAUCAUAAGCGCAGCCUGGAACUAUUUUCCUCACUUUGCCCCAUCGGAAUGGAAAACGUGGCUCCCCUCCACUUCAUAACCAGGGAAUUAAAGGCACAGGCAUUUCCUCACCCGUUACAUUGCUUUCCAAC